AUGGCGUUGGAUGGCAAAGCAACAUUCUAUGAUAAUGACUACAUCUAUUCAUUUUUCACAGACUACUUCCCCCAAUUGCCUUAUGAAUUGAUAAUUCGCAUAUUACGAUCAUUACAUGUUAGAGUAGUAUUACAAUUACAAUGUCUAAUGAAAGAUAAAUAUAUCAGAAGUAUAAAGUUCAAAGAAAUCAAUGAAAGAGCAAUGUUCGUUACAAUUCCUUAUACACUGAAGAAACUAAGAUAUCAACAACUGCUUCUAGAGUUUCAGAAAAUGUUUGAUAUUAUACAUCUACUAAUCGAAACAAAUGAUGAUAAUAAAGAUAACAUCAUUCCUAUUUCAAUAUUCAUCACUACGUUUAAUUUGGAAUCAGUGCAUAUUAUUAAUACCUUGUUAGAAUAUCCUAAUAAUUUUGAUAUUUCUUUAACAAUUCGACGCUUGGAUUAUCAUUUCCAGAAACAAUUGCUAAAAUUGAAUAUUGUUAAUAACGUCAGCGAAUUGUUGAUAUAUACCUUGACUAAUGAUCAAUUAAUGGAUAAAACGGUAACUAACUUGGAUUUAUCAAUGUAUCAUGAUUUGCGAUCAUUUCGUUUAGCCAACAGUAUAAAUCUUUCCAGUAUAAAAUUUUCAACUUGGUAUGAUACUUUGGUUGACUUAUGUAUAACUGGUGUUAAUGUUGGAGUUGAAUUCUUAAGAUUUAAAAAUUUGGAAGAUCUCAAAAUCAGUAAAGAGCCUGGAAAGAAUAUAUAUAUAAGACAUAUGCCUAGAUCACUUAGAAAGUUGGAAAUUAUUGUUAAUGAAAACGUACCUGACAUAGAAUCAGGAAGGUGCAUUUUGACUUCAUUUGAUGACUGGCCAUCAAACUUGGAAAAUUUGAUUCUUUUGGAUAAAUCUACUGAUCAAGUUGAUUUUAUUUUUGCUGAUAUAAUCAACUUCAAACUUCCCUCAAAUUUAAUUGAAUUAACUAUAGAAGGAAAUCGGUUAUAUAAUAUGCUACAUCAAUUACCUGAUACAUUAGAACGAUUAAAUCUUGAAUAUUUUGAUGACGAAAUAGAUAGCGCAUUAGCAGAAAACAUAAUAAUCCCCCUAGGAAUGAAAGAGAUAAGAUUGCGGGGGUUUAACAUAGCGUUUGCAGAUGAUAUUCAAUUUCCACUAAAUUUGGUUCAUUUCACAUUAAACUCUUGUCAAAGUUCAACUCCUCUAAAUGAUUACAAUUUUGAAUAUUCAAAGCAGACUUUGAGAACUCUAGAAAUAUCUGACUAUGGAAAUCCGACUGCAUUUACCAGAUUGGAUUUCAAUGAAUUUUCUGUGUUAAGAUCUAUUUGUUUCGAUUAUUGUGAGAUAGUUAGUUUGGAUAAUUUUAUACCUCCAUGUUGUUUGGAAGUACUAGAAAUUUCGGACAAUCCCAUUACAUCAAUCAAUGAGAAUUGUGCCGUAUUCAAUAAUCCAACUAAAUAUCCCAAAUUGACUGACAUACAGAUAACGUAUUGUGAAAUUAACUACAUAUCACCUAGAAUAAGACUUCCUAUAAAUCUAACGUUAUUUAAAAUCUGUGAUACAGUUCCCAAAGAUUUCUACAUCAACUCUUCUAUUAGAAAUCACGAGGCAUUGGAAUAUAUAGAGGUAUCGAUGAUAUCCAAACUUGACACUUAUGAGAAUGAAGAUUAUAUUGAUCAUCCUGAGGCUAUAAUUGUAAAUCAUAAAUCUAAGUUGACAGGUAUAAAGUUCAAAAUGAAAUGGAAUUCCGUAUAUGAAAAUCCCAAUGAAAUUGAAGAUUUGUGUACAAAAGUCAAAUCGUAUAUAGGGGUGGAGGUCAGAGGACUAAUUAAUUCAGAUAUAGUAGUUAUAAUGCUGUUAAAUAUCAGUAUAGAUUGA